AUGAAGAAUACGUUGGACCACGUUGCCAUCAUAGGAGCAGGUCUUGGAGGCUGCGCGUUAGCACUGGCGCUCUCACAAUAUGAUGUCCCGAUCACCUUGUUCGAAUCACGCCCAGCAAAAUCAGAGCCCAUUACCAGUGGCGUGGUCCUAACCCCAAAUGGCCUAUACAUUCUCGACCGACUGGGAGUCCUGCCAAGGAUCAAGGACCGGUGCUAUAUCUCUACGCACCGCGUCUUCAAGAACGGCAAGGACGAAACUACGCGCAAGACCGUCAUCUCUGGUGAGGAAUUGUAUGGCUACUCGAACCACCGUGUCUGGCGAAGCGUGCUUCUGGGUGAGAUGAAGCAGAUGCUCGAGGAACGAAACGUACAGAUCCAGUACGAUUCGAGGUUCCAGGGGAUAGUAUCCGAGGAUGCUGAGGGUGUCGAAUACCGUAUAAAUGACGAAGCUCACCGGGCUUCAAUGCUGGUUGGCGUCGAUGGCAUCUACAGCACUGUCCGCAAAUACCUGGCGCCCGACGUUGUCCCCUACUACACAGGCACGAUGGGAGUGCUCGCACACAUCAAGCGAGCUUCGGUAGCUUGGCCGUACGAGGACUACGAGCUUAACGCCACCAUCCAGGACAAGCCGGGCGCCAUCUUCUUUAUUGCGGAAGAUCCGAAAGGCGAGGAUAUCAUGAUUGGCAUGCAGAAGCAGGCGCCUGAGUAUUCAAGAGAAGAUCUUGAGCGAUUACAGCACGACAAAGAUAAGCUUGCUGAGUUUUACAGCGAGCGGUAUGAUGAAUGGAGCCCGACUCCAAGAAAAAUCAUUGAUCAGGUGAGGGCGAACAAGGAGAAUGCCUUCAUCUGGCCGUUUCUGAAGGUGCCGACGCUGCCGCGAUGGUUCAGUGAGACUGGUCGGGUGAUACUAUGCGGCGAUGGAGAACAUGCUAUGCCCCCGAGUAGUGGACAAGGCAUCAACCAGUGCUUGGAAGAUGUCGAUUCGUUGACACUGUUGUUGACAUCGAUCGAUGGCGAGGGACGCAACGAUAAAAUACUCGGAGCACUCUCCUGGUGGCAGGGUACGCGGCAGAGAAGAGUCGACGCAGUGUUCGAUUGGGCGACGAACUCGACGAAUGUUGAGAGAAUGUCCGAACAAGAUCGAAGCAAGUUGCUCCGAGAGCGGAAGGCACCAGAAAGAGCGCAGGCCGAUGAUAUGAGUUGGCUGUAUCGUCCAAGUCUCGAGAGAGAUGUCAAGGCCUGGCUUGCGGAGCAUCGGUAG